UCAUGUGUUGAGCAGCCGCUGGCCGUUCCUCUGCGUGCCGCUCAUCGCUGGGGUGUUGUCUGCUGCCUGGCUCUGCAGGUCGCCCCCCGACAGUGCAUGGCGAAAGGCAUUUUCUCGCUCGCUGGCUGGUGGCGGCUCUGAGGGCGGGUGUGUGUAGACUAACUGGUCGCUGUGGCCGCCAAGCAGCUGCUGCUGGGACGGAGGGGUGUCGCCUUCGCGUAGCGUACGCAGCACCUACAGACACGGACAACACAAGAGAGAGAGGGAGAGAGAGAGAGAGACAAGGGUGAAAGGGAGCCGCUGGGUUCGUUUGUCGCUGACCUGGUCAUGUAUGCGUCUUCCCUUUGGCGCGGGGAAGGCGGUCAAGGUGUCCAUUCGCUUGAUGUGAUCCAACACCUCUGCGAAGGACGCUGAGCUGGGGGGCGUGGGGAUGGCCGGCGCAGUGGUCAUACGAUCGACGCUCCUGUCGCUGUCGGCAAUGCGCGGCGGCCGGUGGCCAUUGUCCGCGAGCUGGUGGGGCCUGUCGUCGUCAUUCCCUCUGAUGUCGUGUCGGGAUGCGGUGCGGUGCUGCACGGGGAAGGACGGGAACGCCCAUGGCAGAAUGCGCGUGUCGUCCUGAUCGCACGCAUGGACAAGACGACAGAUGGCCCCACAACACUCACACACAACAGGGUGAUUACAUGUACUCAUGGGUGACUGACCAGGAAGUCGAGGGUGUCGAGGAUUUCGUUGAGCUCAUCCUGAAGCCUGACGUUGUCGAAACCGAGCCGGCAGUCGAAGGGAUCCUCGAGGGCCUGCUCGACGUUGAACAGUCCAACCAUGACGAGAGUGGUCAGCACAGACAGGGCGAUGGCAAAGGGGAGAUUGGUGCCCUCACCCUGAUUGUUCAGUAGUCAGUCAUCCAGACAGAUACGUUCAACCAGACAGGUGUGUGCAUAUGAAUGAGUGUGAGCAUGUGGCUGCGAUGCGUACCCCUCCGCUGGUGCCAACCCACACAUAAUAAGGGCCGUAGAAGCACGGCACAAAGAUGAAAGCCACACGCACAAACGACCUGAGGGCCUGUGGCAGACAGACAGAAACGAAGAGAUGACUGACGGGCAGGAUGGCUGGCCGUUUAUCUGUCCGCAAGCCGACUCACCUGAGGCGUCCUGUACUCCUUUAUCUUCCUCAGCUUCUCGAAGGCUUGAUGGAGCAACCAGUGGUACUGAAACACACCACCACACAAGGGAGAGCGAUGCAUCAAUGCACCCGCCAUGCACGGGACUGUGCCAGCCAGCCACCCCACCCAUCGAUAUAUCCACCUGAUUGAGGCUACCACAGCCGAUCGGAAGUGUGCGUGUACACCCCAACACAAACCAGACAGACAGCACGAUGCAAGAAAGCGGCCCGGGGAGAACACAUCAUCGCAGUCAGUCGUAUGUUUAUAUGCCCUCCAAAACACCCUUCCGUCCUUCCUUCCCUCCUCACCGUGCCGCCUCGUUGCCAGGGAGCCCCUCCCUUUUGAGUACUUCCACGGCCAGGGAGAGGUCUUUGAUGUGGCACAGCAGCUGCACCAGCAGAGUCCGCCUCUCCUCCACCACACGCACCUUCAUCCGCGCACCGCACCACGUGAACGUAUGUUUGGCCUCUACACACACACACACACACACAAAACAAGUGAGAAGAUGCACUCAUUGUCCUGUGUUGUGCUGUGCCGUUUCCGGCUCCCUGACUUCCGAUAAGAGGCGUCCGGAGGUAAUCGUGUACACCGAGGAUGAAGUCAUAGAAGACCUGCCGCACGCCGUCUGCAUGGCCUGGAGGGAUCUUAGACCGUCCAUUCUUGUUCUCAUACCAAUUCCACUCGCGAUGCGCUGCCAUUCACACACACACACACAUGUGUGUAGACUUUUCCAUCAGCAGCAGAUGGAGCCUGCCUGCCUUUUUACCGAGGAAUAUGUGAGAGAUCAGCGCUUUCAUGGUGGCGAUGUGGGCGAGGGCCUCCUCACGGCGCUUGAAGGCUUCGCCGAUGCUGGUGGUCAGGGGGAAGACCACGGCGAACGACACGAACGUCCACGAGAUGUUUGCCGACCAUGAGCUCUCGUUCCUCUCAUACUCCAGGUAGUAGAGGUAUGUAAUGACCGCCGACAGCACCGAGUAGAAGAUGGAAUCCAACGUCACCUGAAUGAACCAGCCAUCCCGUCGUGUGCACGAGGAGAUCUUGUGUGUCCGAGUACGUGUCGGUUCAGCCUUACCAGAACGGUGAAAAAGACAGCAAGUGCCGAAUAGAUGUCGGCGGUGAAGGUGAAGACGUGUCCACAGCCGCGAGGGACGCCAAUGUCCCGACCCUUCAGCGGGGACAGGGUUGGGUGGAUCAU